AGCACAGCUCCCCGACCACAGACUCUCAUAGCACACACAGAAGCCAUCAUGAGAACACUAUGGUUGAUGUUAGUGGCGGCAGUGGGCGUGGUCUUGGCGAUAGGUUACGACACGCCCACCUGUGACGAACGCCAGACCAUCGUUCACCUGUUUGAGUGGAAGUGGUCUGACAUUGCUGCCGAGUGUGAGAGAUUCCUGGGUCAGGCCGGCUACUGUGCUGUCCAGGUGUCGCCGCCCAUGGAACACGUGUUGGCUUCAGAGGACGGGUACCCCUGGUGGCAGCGCUACCAACCAGUUUCCUACCAGCUGGAAUCUCGCUCAGGCACCAGGACCGAGUUUAUUGAUAUGGUGCAGAGAUGUAACGCUGUCGGUGUGAGGAUCAUCGUGGACACCGUCAUCAACAACAUGGCGGGGCUGGGCAGGUCUGGCCAAGGAUCCGGCGGCUCCGCCUUCAACGCUGACGGUCUAGACUUCCGCCGCCCUUACACCAGUGAUGACUUUACCCCCGGAGACCUAUGUCCCUCCCCUGAUGGUGAGGUACACGACUACAGUGUGGUGGAGGAGGUGAGGAACUGCUACCUGGGCGGCCUGACGGACUUGUAUGGUUCCCGGGAGUUCGUCAGACACAGAAUCUCUCACUACCUCAAUGACCUCAUAGACAUAGGUGUUAUGGGCUUCAGGAUCGACGCCGCCAAACACAUAUGGCCUGAGGACCUUGAAGCCAUCCAGAGUCUGACUAACAACCUCAACACACUGGCGGGCUACCCUGGUGGCCGACGACCAUUCUUCUUCCAGGAUCUUGUUGAUCUAGGGGUGGAGCCUAUUACUGUCGACGAGUACUUCCCUCUAGGACGCACCACAGAGUUCCGGUUCUGCACUAACGUGGCAGCUGGGGUGGAAGACUUCGCUCUGCUGGAACACGUUUAUGACCCUAACAGCAGCAUGGCGCCCCCGCACAAGGCUCUCGUGUUUGUUGACAACCAUCAGAACCAACGAGGAGACGAGAAUGGUCACGUCAAUGUUCUUACUUACAAACAGGAACGGGAGUACAAGAUGGGGGUAACCUUCUCGCUGGCCCACGACUAUGGGUUUAUGCGAGUCAUGAGCAGCUAUGACUUCCAGGACAGUAACCAAGGUCCUCCCGGCAGUGACAACGGCGGCUCUACUGACACUGUCCCCAUCAACGCUGACGGAACCUGUGGUGGUGGGUGGAUCUGUGAGCACCGCUGGAACGCCAUUAUGCAGAUGGUUAUGUUCAGGAAUGUUGUGGCAGGUACACAUGUCGCUAACUGGUACCAUGAGAACGAGAACGUGGCCUUCCCCGGUAGUAUGACGGGUAAGUGUGUGUUUGUGUGUGUGUGUGUCCCUUCUCAUCUAAGUUUGUCUUGUGUUUUCUUCUUCCUAGUGUCUCUUCACCUUCCUCAUCAUCUCUUGCUGUCUAUCAUCAUCACUUCAUUCCUCCCUCACUCUCUGUCACUUACUGUCCACCAUCACUAUCUCCCUCACCAACUCUCUCUCCACCUCACCAUUUCUCACUUACCCUCACCAGGUAUGCCAGCUGGAAUAUACUGUGAUAUCAUAACAAGAUGUGAGAAGACAGUGACGGUAGAGGACGGAACAGCUCGUAUCCACAUCUAUGAGUACCAGGAACCAUUGUUAGCUAUCUGUGUCGGCUGUGACGGCUCCAUACCCACCAACUCUCCCGAUUACACCACCACUACUGAGGGGCCUACACCCACCCAGGCCACCACACCUGAGCCCACCCUGGCCACCACACCUGAGCCCACCACACCUGAACCCACCACGGCCCCACCUCAGCCGAACAGGACUGUGGUGUUCCUUCACAGGGAGACUGACUCUGGCCAGGAUGUGUUCAUCAUUGGCGGCACUAAACAACCGAAAAGCUCAGAGUGCAAAUCGAACGCGGUUUAUGACCCCUGUGCCAUUGACAUCGAGGUGUUGCCACUGGGUACGGGUUACCACUACGAGAAGUAUGAUGCAUGGCGGGUAGGAGACACCAAGCUGGACUGGUACGGUGCUCAGAUCGGCCAAGGCAAGUACGAUGGGCGGCCAGCCGAGGGUUCUCCCCUAGUGUGGACCACCAACGACCCCAACGCUGCAGAGUACCAGCCACUUAACACGUUUGGCCCACACUACUGGAUGAUCGACCUUAUGAUGUACUGCGACCAGACCGACGCUGACUGGUUCGAGCUGCGUUCCUUCACCACCAACGAUGAGAUAGGCUGGGAGGACGAUAUUAACCAGGACAUGUGUACUGGUGACGCCGGGAGUAAAGCGCCCACGGCCGGGGUCUACCAUGUGGCUCGUUGUGGUUACCUCAAUGUCUUCGACUUCCAGUCACCGUCCUGCGAGAUUGACAAUUUACCUUAAUGUAUCCGAGACUGGGGGAGACUGUCUGCCUUAAUACAUCCAGGAGACUAGUGGAGACUGUCUGCCUUAAUAACUCCAAGGAACUAUAGGAGAGAGACAAGAGUUAAGGAAUAUGGCAUACCUCACCCAGGCCUACAUCGUCCUCUUCGUCAGUAGUCCACCUCAGCUGUCUGCCCCGCGACCAUCAUCCACUACAUACUCCAGACUGUUCUUACUGUGUUAACUCCUACUAAUAAACACCUUCCUGACAGUA